AUGAAAACAAAGAGACACGAUGCUAUCAGGAACUAUCUCGCGAAGUUUCUGAGUGCUUCUGGCCUCAAGGUUGACAUGGAGAUGCCGUUAGGAAGCUCGGACAAUAAGCGAAUGGAUCUGGUCCUCAAGGAGAGUAAUGGUUCUGGUGCACUUACGAUGCAUGAUAUCACUGUUCAUUCGUCAAUAGCCUUAGUCCCCUAUAUUCAACAAGUUACUAAGGACUGGCAGAAGAAGAGUGGUAGUGAGUUAAUUCGAGUCGGUUUGAACCAUCAAGCCCACAAGAAGGUCCUCAAGUAUCGUGACCAUGUUCCAGUUACGUUUGUGCCAAUUGUGUUUGCAAUGGCGCAGGAUUACUCCCAACUGGGACCACCUACAGAGGCUUAUUUCGUUUGCGCUCGUAAGGAAGAGAGUGACAAACUUCCGGCUGAUUUAGGCAGUAUUUUAAGGUGUCUUAUUUUGAAAAUUCUCACUCUUAGUAACAAUCUUUUUGAUAGUAUUUAG